CAUCAACUGUCAGUGUACAUUUCACAGACAAGGGGGUAACUUGUGUCCGGCUCACCCGGUGUUCAGGGAUUCUUUGAUAACUGUGGAAUUGUGUAUACCCUAUUCACUCUAGUGCUCUGCGUUGGAAUGUAACAGAACGUGAGGGAGGGUAUAGCCAUCUACCGGAGCCAGUGAGGAUUACCCCAAUAGUACAGUUAAGAGGACAACAACGCUCGGUACUAGUCCUACCGAGAACAUGGAAGGUGAGUUAUGUACCGGGUCGAGCAUGUCCUACGAAGUAGGUGCACUCAACACGGCAGAGGGCGGGAUGAGCGUCAUGGUGACAGCCAAGAGGGUAGCCAGAUGGUGCCCAACUAGAGCACUGCGGCGAGCACUCUACAUCCUCUUGUGGGGAUCUCUCUGCUACGUCCUCGUCAGGUUCUCUGGCCAAGAAGAGUCUGGGCUCAGCCGUGGUGGGACGAUGACGGGCCGUCUCUUGUUGCAGAAAAUAGUGGAGACGCGAUCUCCGCCUAUUUCUACCACUGAGACCACAUCCAACACCACUACGGAAUUCAACCCCUUUGAACUAGAGCCAUCCGUCGACAAGUCUCCCUCACUGUCGGAACAGGCUCUGGCCGAACAAAUCCAGGCUGAAAUACCUAAUCUUCCAGUUCGUUACUGGCAGAAAUAUAAAGGAAAAGUGUUGUCAAAAAACAAAACAUGCGCGAAGUUCCCUUCCCUUUACGACAUUAGUUUCAAUAACGUGUAUUGGCAAACACUGAAAACUAGCAAUGGCACUUUUCAUCUCUUUGGUUCUUAUUAUGAUAACAGGACUCUGGUGACAAUGAAACCAGUGAUUCGUACCUUGGGGAUGAUUGAUCGUUUGGAUCCCAAGGUGAAGACCUACUGCCAGCUGUGGUUUGACGGACACAAGGAACCGGUGUUUUCAAAAGUUUGGGAAUAUAAAUAUAUUUGGUAUAAGAAGUGGGGGAACUAUAAGAAUGGGCUGCUUCAGCCAUACCUGAUAGCAUGCCAGGUACCACCUGGUUACCGUCACUUAGUGCCAGAGUCUGUGUCUUUAGUGGAACGUCCCUGUGACAUGGCCACCACCAACCUCAGAGUUAUAAACAAUCGACCUCAGGGAGGUCAGAAAGAAAAUUUUGCAGUGUGCGUGAAAGGGCUUGAUUUUCUACAUGACGAUUUGAGUGUGAGAUUGGUAGAGUGGCUGGAGAUGCUCUUUAUUUUAGGAGCAAAUAAAGUAUUUCUCUAUGAGCUUGAAGUUCACCCCAAUAUAAGUAAGAUUUUAAAGCACUAUGAAGAGUUGGGACGUGUAGAAGUCAUGAAACUCACAUUGCCUGGGGAACAGCCAAACAUACCUGGACUCCUCCAUAUGUAUCUCAAGUCUAAGGUCACCAACAAGCGUCAGAAUGAACUGAUCCCCUAUAACGACUGUCUUUACAAAAAUAUGUACCGGUAUAAAUACAUUGCUCUUCUUGAUACAGAUGAAGUCAUCAUGCCUAAAAGUUCUAUGACAUGGAAGUCACUGAUGGAAACAGUUGUACCCAAGGCUCUCAAGACGAAGAAGGAUACACGAGCUUCGUACAAUGUCCGGAAUGUUUACUUCAUGGACACGAUGAGACACACUCAUGGUUGGUUCCGAGAGAUUCCGCAUUAUAUGCACAUGUUGCAACAUGUUUAUCGCUCUCACAACUACACUAAACCUGGUCAGUAUGUUAAAUGCUUCCACGACCCAGAGCGAGUUUUAACUCUCCAUAAUCACUUUCCUCUGUCUUGCCUUGGUGGAAGUUGCUCCUCUUAUGCGAUAGACACUGAAGACGCCCACUUACAGCACUACCGCGCAGACUGUGUAACUACUCUCAAGAAGUCGUGUUCUCAAGAAUACAAGAACCACACUAUUCUGGACACCACUAUUUGGAAGUACCGUGAACCACUGGUGGCCCGGGUCACGGAAACACUCCUGCACCUGGGAUUCUUCAGUCCAGGGACAGCACUGAGAUCGACUGAUCCACCUGCAUCUGCUGUCAGGAGAAAGUGACCUACACCUCAAUAGUGUCAACCAUGUGCCUUAUCUGGUGUAUUUCACCUGUGGUCUAGUCCCGUCCACUGGCCACUCCAUACGUGCCCUUCUCGUGCAGAUGGAUCUGCCUUAUACAAUAAUAUGGAAUUAGCCUCUGUGCUCCAUCAAACAUCGGGGAAAAGUCGUUCAGUGGCUGGUGGUGGGCGAUGCUCAAUAGAGGUGUCAACGUCCCUACAUAGUAUAAAGGUAAUCCCUACUUGAACUGUUUCCUCACCUGUGAUAAAAUGAAUUAUAUAUAUUUCUUGAAACUAAUGCACAUAACUAGUGCAUUUGUGACCUAUUGAGGAAGAUGUCAUACAAAAGCUACACUUGAAAUGUGUUGCCUUAACAAGCUGUGCAAGGUCCUCCACAACUUUUAUUAUAGACUUGCAUUACAACUGAUGUAUUGACAGUGAGGGUAGACUUAAUCAAAGGAUGGUUUAAGAUAACUGUUGAAGGGAUUGCCUCUAGUUAGCGGAACGAAGGUCCAACUGUGAUUUGUAAAAGCUACCAUAUCAUGCCGUGUAAAUACCAUUUCAUUUAUUUGUCAGAGUAUCACUUAAUGCUUUUAGGCGGUAGACAAAGAAACAGACACUAAGAGGAGUGAUGCGUGAGACAUCCUGCACCACUUCUACUUUUUUUUCCCCCACCUCAGUUAAUGAAAAUUUGUGCCUCAGACAUUCAACAAAACUAGGCUUUGUAUAUACAUAGUACUAGUUAACCAUCCCGUCUACGAGAGUGGUUGGCCAGUAAGAGAGAUCAUGCUCUGAUUUAUCACACUUUUUUAUAUUACCUACGUAGAUUGAACUGUAAAUAGAAAUCUUCCUGGAUAUAAUAAUAAUUGAAAACAAAACCGAUGUACAGUUAAGGAUUACAUUGUAUGGCUGCCAAUUUUUAAUAUUAAACGGGCAGGAGGAUAGAUACAGGAUACACAAGAGUAUUUGGAUUAAUAUAUUUAGAGUGAUAUGAAGAUGUAAACAUUUUACUGUAGAUGUUUUAACUGGGGAAAGUAUCCUGAACACUAAACACUGGUUAUAGGUAGGUAUAUAUCGUGUACUAUCUGUGCAAGCAAUAGGGAUGAAGAAUGAUUUUUGACGUACAUGUUGGCAUGACAAAAUACCUUGUACAUUUGGUCGUGUGAGUAGGGCAUUGGAAAGCUAUGUGAAAAACAAAAUAGAGAACUAAUUUUAGUAAGAUUUGGAGUUGUUUUUGACAGAUUAUCCAUUCGAUAUAAAACCAACACUGGCAGGAGAGUUCCAGACCGGAGGUCAAGGGGAGUUGUGAGGAGACGGAAGGUGAUACAAAAAGCAGAGCUGUGCAGGAGACUUACUCGCUAGUACAGCAUAUACUUCAGUUUUUUUUUUUUCAACUUUCUCCAGCAGUGCGCACAUUAGGGUUUUAGUCUAAACAAAAAAAAAAAUCGAGAAGUUAACGUUUCCACGAAAUUAGCCGACGUAUAUGCUGUACUAAAUAGUAGGCCUGCAUAGCUCCUGUACUGUACUUAACGUACCUUCACACCUCACCUUCCAAAACACAGGCGUAUUAUUGUAUCUGGAUUCAUAAAAACCACACACUGAAAUAGUCACGAUGAAAGUUUACUGUGCAUUCUCAUUACUGUCUGCAAACUUUUGUGUUCACAGAGUAGCUCAGUAGUGUUAAAAUUUUGGAAUUAAGAGUUGAAUGACAUUUAAGAGUAAUGGUGCAUAACCACACAUACUACCGUGUGUACAGACACUAGUACAAAAGUCGCCAUACACUUAUUUCAUAAAACUAUUUUCCACUGAUAAUUCAAUGACGUUUAGCAUUUCAAAAUUGUCAGUGAAGGUGAAAUAUGAUAAGAUGUUCAACACUUGGUAUCCUUAUUGUGGAAUGUUUCGCCUGAGCAUCGGUCUUUUAAAGGCGAGUGCGGAGUCUCUUAUACGGGAAACAGUGAGGAAGUAUUUUCUGACCCCCCCCCCCCCCGCCUUUCCUUCAUAGCCUGAUCAGGUAUUUAGGUUAAUGGAGUAAACGCCUAAAAAUCACAUCUCCGUGGUCUCCAGUAUAAAAGACGUCCUUUUUAUUUAACUGAAGUCUGCUGCACGGGCGAACAAGAUACCAAAUUGUAUUUCAGCUUCUCGGUAUUGUGUACGAUUUAUAUAGAAAACUGACCUAGAAACUGCUACAGAAAGUUUACAUUAUGCAGCUUUAUCGUUGAAGCACCGGCUUAGUUUGUGGUCUAGGCUACUUCCUAGUUGGCGUCUGAGGUACUAGAUAAAUUUGCAUUCAAACGGUAUACUGACAGGAGCUGAGGAUACAUAACAUGUACAUCUCUUCAACAGUUUAAUACAUCACUGGUACCGUUUUGUUUAGCAUGGGGAUACUACCCUAGGUAAAGCCUAAACAGCUUUUGAUACGUGUAAUAUUUUUGUCGUAUAGGACUAAAUUUCUCUCUCAGAAUUCUGUUUUCCCUUAAUUAUUUAUAAUGUUGUUGGUUAUUUUUAUAUUCAUUCUUGCUAUAAGAGCUGUUGUUAUUGUAUAAUACCUCUUAUAAUACAAUUUCAAGCAGUGAACCUUGGUAUUUUUAAGCAAUUUUGUAGGGUUGAGUUAUCGAAAACUCUCCCUGUAAUGUCCAUGUGUUAAAAGAUUUGUUUCUUCCCUUCUAGCUGUAUAGUCCUUGUGGCUUAGCGCUUCUUUUUGAUUAUAAUAAUAAUAAUCUUCCCUUCUAAUGUGAACAGGUAUGAUGAAUAAACUUUUAUUACGACAGGGUUUCGCUCGCAGCGAAACUUCCAAAUUAAAAGCUUAUUCUGCAUAUUCUUUGUCCACUUACCUGUUAGUGUGAAAUCCUUCCUAUUCUGAAAUGUAUCGAUAAUCCCAAUAUACAUUAUGUAUUCCUGAUUCUGUGCAGUGUAAUGUGUAUUAGUACUUUAGUUGGUGAAUAAUUCUUUAAAAUAUUUAAACAAUGAAUUUUAUAAGGGAUUUGUAUGGAAAGGUAUUUGUGGGGAGACUGCUACAACUGGGCGAGACGGAGACACUAUGCAGCGCAAACUUUCUUUGAAAGAUAAUUGGUUCUAAUAGGAACUCUGACGUCAGCCAAAUGUAGUUUAGCUAGGGAAACUUGAGACACUUGUAAACGUUUACUAACCAUAAAGUUUCGCUCACAUUGGCAAAACUGCGUCGUUAGUAGAUGUAUCCAUUGCAGUCAUUUCAACACCACUGCAGUUCCAAAGGAUCGCCUUGUUAAAUAUCUUAUUUCACUGUAUAUAUUUGAAGCAUAAGUUUUUUGGCGUAUACAAGCAGAAGCAUCUGAAAAAAAAAUAAAGCUGUAAUGAACCACGGCCAAUGAAAAAAGCAUGUACGGGGGCUCUGUAGUCCCUGCAUAUAGCAGUCCCAAGGGUGCAACCACUUCUGACAGAGCGAUAUACAUGGACUACGGUUCGAAUCCCCGCCCAUUCUUCUAUUUAUUCAAGCAGAUUUAUAUUCGUAAUUUUAGUAAAAUUUAUUUCAUGUAAACAGACAUGCUCAAAUUUGAUCAGUUUGAAAGUAAAAAAUAUCAAUGCUUAGGUGAAGUUCUCAGUAGACUUGUAUACCAUUUUGAUGUUCAGACUUGUACUGGGGAGAUGAGGGGAGACUCUGGGAGGGAGGGUUAAGGGUAACCUUCACUACAUCAAUCAUGUGUACAUACAUAACUGUGUCAUGUUCAUUAUGAGUGCCAUUAUCAUUGCCUAGCCUAUAUAUAUUAGUCAGUCAUUUUGUAUUGAAGAUUGAAUAAAAAUUAUCUUGAUAUUAAA